UCCCUUAUUAACAUCGUAAAAUUUUUGCAACGUUGCGCAAUGAUUACUGCGAAUAAAAACGACCUUCAUCUCCACAAAAACGCUGCCCCGCAGCACAGGAGGAAGAUGCGUUCCCCAUUGUCGCCUAGCAGCAGUGAGCGCCUGCCCCCGUGCCAGCUACUGUUAAAACCUGAGCGAGUUGCCGGCUGGUUGGCUCAGUUGGCUCGGAGCUGUCAGAAGAACAAGUGUACCGUCUGCAGUGCGUCAGUGAACGUUAUGGCGAAUUCUGUAUUUUUAGUGUCAGUAUGGACUUUCAUGACAUUUGUUACUUGGAGUUGCAGUGGUAGUCAACUACCUGAAGGGGAAAUUUGGGCUGUUCUAGUUGCUGGUUCGAAUGGAUAUGGAAACUACAGACAUCAGGCUGAUGUAUGUCAUGCAUAUCAUGUUCUCAGAGAACAUGGUGUACCUGCAGAUCACAUAAUUACAAUGAUGUAUGAUGACAUAGCAUAUAGUCCUGAGAAUCCAUACCCAGGAACAAUAAUUAAUGCCGUGAAUGGAUCUAAUGUAUAUGAAGGAGUGUUCAGAGAUUAUAUAGGCAAGGAUGUUAAUUCAACAAAUUUUUUGAAAGUUAUCACUGGUGAUGCAGAGGGUUUGCAAGGGGUUGGUUCUGGACGUGUCUUGAAAAGUGGACCUAAUGACCAUGUUUUUAUUAAUUUUGUGGAUCAUGGUGCUGAUUAUUUAAUUUGUUUUCCUAAUGAUACUGACGAAUUGUAUGCUCCUGAUUUGCUGAAGGCAUUUAUGGAAAUGUCUGAGAAGGAGAUGUAUGCAAAGAUGGUGGUAUACAUUGAAGCGUGUGAAUCAGGAUCCUUGUUUGACAACUUUCUGAGCAACAAAUUAAAUAUAACUGCAGCCAAACGUGAUCAGGAUUCUUAUGCUUGCUGUUGGGAUGCCAAAGUUGAAGCAUAUUUAGGAGACGUUUUCAGUGUCAACUGGAUGGAAGACUCUGAUUCAGAGAACCUGGAAGAAGAAACCCUUUCAGAGCAAUAUUCUGUUGUUGUAAAAGAAACGAAUACUAGCAAUCCGCAAGAAUUUGGCACUCUGUCUAUAGGUAGAUUACCUGUAGGACAAUUCAUGGGAACUAAGCAAUUUCCCAAACCUUCAAAGAGUACUAUUCGCUGUGGGGAUGAAGUUGGUAGUCCUAAUGUGCCAAUUGCAGUUUUGCAGAGAAAGCUCGAGAAGAAGAUAGCAGAUAAAUCAACUGCUGAAAUUACUCACCUUGAAUCUCAAAUAAGGACCUUAUUUAAGAAUCGGCGGAGUGUUGACCAUGUCAUGGAACAUCUUUUAUCCAUUGCUUAUGGAAGUGAUAAAGAAUUUAUUACACAGGUUCUUAAAGCUAAAUCUGAACUGACAAUGGAACAAUUUUCAUGCUACAAGAGGCUUGCAAAGCACUGGUUUAAUAUUUAUGCAUGGAGUCCAUAUGGUCUUCAAAAAUUACAUAUUUUUGCUAAUAUUUGUAUGGAAGAUACAGAGUCAGCAGAGAAAAUGAUUAAUGCUAUGAAUGCAAUUUGCCCUCUAAUCAAAGUUAAAAAUGGUUGGCACGCUUGUUUUAUCAUAAUGGAGACGGAUGACGUUGUUUCUCGUGAGAGUGUGAUGACUCUGAUUCACGAAAAAGAUAAGAUCGAAGAUGAAAUUAAGCAGAUGAAAACUAUCCUCGAGAAUAACAAUAUUGGUAUGAAUGAACCGCUGGUAGACGACAAUGGAUUCCCUAGAUCGGAUAUCGAUGUGUACCAGGUACGUCAUGCUAGGCACAGAAUCAUUUGCCUUCAGAAUGACCAUAAGAAGUUGAUGAAAGAGAUAGAAAAUGCAUUACAUGCUUUACAUGCCCAAGAGCAACAUGUGAAUGGAUCUUCAUCUUCUGGCGUUUCCACAUCAUUUGAACAUACUGAACCCAUUGGUAGAAUUAACUUUGUUUCUCCAAAUUCACCAGCUGCAGAUGCAGGUGUCCUUGAAGGUGAUAUAGUUGUGGAAUUCGGCUCUGUUAAUGCCAGUAACUUCAAGAGUCUACAGGAUAUCGGUAACAUCGUUCAGCAUUCAGUUGGAAGAUCUAUUGCUGUGCGAGUGAAGCGUGAAGAAAAAUUUAUACGUUUGUCUCUGACACCAUGCCAGUGGAGUGGAAGAGGAUUAUUAGGUUGCAACAUCCUUCCUUGGGAAUCUGUUGAGAGAUAAACUAUGUUGUGCAAUUAUAUAGCCGGACUUAAAUUUCGUGUGUUUACUAACAUGGAUCGCUGAUUACUUGCAAUGACUUUUUUAUUAUAUGCCCAGAAGAUGGCAACUGUGAUAUAUACAGUGUAUGGAGUUGCUAUAUUUUUCUUCGUAUUUUGGUGUGGUACUUGGGGAGUGCACUUAAUAGCAAUUUUAUAUGGAAAGUGGAAGCUUCAUAAGAAGACAAGUCUACCGUGUGAAAUCCCUAUUCCUGGUGUGUCUAUAGUGAAACCUUUAAUGGGUGUGGAUCCAAACUUAUUUAGUAAUCUGGAAACCUUUUUUACUAUGGAUUAUCCUACAUAUGAACUUCUGUUUUGUGUGGAAGAUGAGAGUGAUCCUGCAAUUAUGCUAGUCAAAAGACUCAUGGAGAAAUACCCAAAUGUUGAUGCUCGAUUAUUCACAGGUGGUGGAAAUGUAGGUGUGAAUCCAAAAAUUAAUAAUAUGCAACCUGGAUUUUUGGCAGCUAAAUAUGAAUUAAUCUUGAUAUCUGAUAGUGGUAUUCGAAUGAAAGAAGACACGCUGCAAGACAUGGUGUCACAUUUGAAAGACAAAGUUGGUCUGGUUCACCAGAUGCCUUUUACAUGUGAUAGAGAUGGUUUUGCAGCUACAUUGGAAAAAAUUUAUUUUGGAACAGCACAGGCUCGAAUUUAUUUGUCUGCUGCAUUCUUGGGUGUGAAUUGCCAUACAGGAAUGUCCACUCUCAUCCGUAAAAACAUUAUUGAUGAAGUGGGUGGUCUGCAGACAUUCAGUGGAUAUCUUGCUGAAGACUAUUUUAUUGCAAAAUCAUUAAAAGAAAGAGGAUGGAACAUGUCUAUUAGUAGUCAGCCUGCAUGGCAAAAUUCUGGACUGUGUGAGAUUCAUAGCUUUCAAGCACGAUUAACACGAUGGGCAAAAUUGCGUGCUGCUAUGGUGCCACAUACUAUUAUAUUAGAACCUUUAUCAGAGUGCAUGGUGCUAGGGGCUUUUGCAUCAUGGGCAGUGUCAUUUUUAUUUAAGUGGGAUGCAUUAGUGUUCUACUUGGUGCACAUACUUGUGUGGUUCCUGCUUGACUGGAUUCUCCUGUGCAUAGUGCAGAAUGGUUCUCUUUCCUUCAAUAAAUUUGACUUUGUUGUAGGAUGGCUCUUCCGUGAGUGCAGUAGUCCAUACCUCUUUUUGCAUGCUCAGUGGCAUCCAGAAAUUCGGUGGCGAGGACGAACUUACAGGCUGAAAUGGGGUGGUAUUGCUGAAGAACUGAAGCCUAAAGUGAAAGUGUGACAGUGGAGUGUUAUUAUUGAAUCAUAAUAUAAAAAUAAUAUUGUUAGCUCAAUUGAAACUCAAAAAUGUCAUUGCUAGUCUUAGUAUAUUUUUUAAAAAGCGUAUUUUUUCUGUAGCGUUUCAAUAAUAAUUAUACAAAGGUUUUGAUCCUGCUGUUAUAUUUUUAGUAUACGGAAAUUUCAAGGUUUUUGUAUUAUGCAUGUGCUUCAGCUUUAAUUCAGUUCUUCCAACUGUUGUAGAACCGUAAGGAAUGUUUAACUCAUUUCAGAGAUGUAGUUCUGUUCUUGGUACAUCUUCAAUUAAUCCUUUUCAAUUUGCUGAAAUGGUGUCAUUGUAGUUACUUUCCGCAAUAAUUUGCCAGAAUGUUUUCUAUCCGUCUUGAUUAUUCAAAUUAGUACUUCUCUUUACAUUUCGUAAGUCACUGCAACAUGCUAUUGUGUGUGUAACUAUUUUAUGUUCCAUCUCAAUUUUGGAUAUCUGUGACCUACUUAACUGCCAACUCUGAUUGUAAGAGCUCAAGUUACAUCACCUUCUGCUGAUCAAUUUGUAUGUCAAAUUAAGUUAUCUUUAUUCUGGAAUUGAGGAAAUGAUUUCAAUGAUCUUGUAUGAUGUAAUGGUAAAGAUACUUAUGUAUAAAAGUACAGAACAAUCUCAGUGGCUUUUAUUUAGAAGAGUCUCAUUGACAGUUGUGUGUUCCAUAUGCAUAUAUGUAGUAUGUAUAUACUGUGUAUUAUAUGUAAUAUUUACUUCUAAUGUUACCAUGGAACUUAAUGCACCCUGUAAUACUUAAAUGUGUCUUCUGUUCUAUUGUAAUGUGAACUACGAUUUAGGGACACAAGUAUGAGGGUGACAGAUGUGAGCUUUUGAGACAGAAAGCUCAUUAUUUUCUUUCAUAAGGUCUGUUGAGAUUAAUUUGUAGAAAAUUCAACUUUUCUAAAUUGUAUUAAGGUCCUGUUAUGAAAUUAAAAUAACAUGAAGGGGUAUGUUUCUAUUCUGAGUAUUCUCCAUUGCAGUUGGAUAUUUUCUAGUUAUUUUUUAACUUUCCUGAUUCUAUUUGUUGAGAUCUAAUGAUCUUAGAAACACGUUUUAGAAUAUCAGAGCGAUUUUGUGAUACUGCCCACUCAUGGAAAGCAGCUUAACAUCAUGUAUAGGCUGCUUUUUUUUUCUGGCAGCCUUGUCCAUAGAAUUAUAUUCUGAAAUGUCUUAACUGAUUGAAAAUCGGUAAUUUAAACAUCAAGAAUAUUAAAGUCAAUUAGCUUGGUGAGAAAAUAUUCUAAAUGUUGCUAUUGGUGGUAUACUUUCCUCCAUGUAAUUGCAAGCUAUUGGCAAAGAACCAUUGAAGCAAAUUAAUUGAAAGUGACAGGAAAAAUGGAGAAUGAGUGUAUGUGAUCAUCCCUAGAUUGUGGCAGCUGUUGUUUAUUCCAAGAUCUUCAGUGUGUGUAAAUAUAUACAUUAUAAGCAAACUUUAAACACCAUUCUAUUAAUACUUACUGAAUUUACAGUUCAUAGUACUUUCUGGAAAUUAAUUUUCUAGAGGGUUUUUUUUUUUUUUUCCAUUUCAUUUUAUGAAGGUUUCUGAGAAACAAGUGUCUAAUGUAAUUUUGUUUUGUUGAAUUUAUGGACCUAGAAGUAUCAUGUAUUUUUCUGCUCAGAUGCUGUGCUUGUUUGUUUAACUUACAUUAGAAUCAGCAAUUUAUGUCCGUGGGAACUUGCUAUUACUCUUACAGCUAAAAAGCUAUAUUUGUAUCUAGUUAAGCAUACAUUCCUUACCAAUUUUAACAAUAGUUUUUAAAGUACUUCAUUGAAUUAAUAACUUCAUGAAGGAAUAGGAGUGUAAAGGAGCAACUUCCAGUUAGUUUUUAAAUUACUCUCAUCAAAGCUGUUUUUCACAUUACAGUGCAAUGCAAAAGAAAUAUUGAAAUGGGCCUGAUAAAUUCUUGCAGAGGUUAAAAGAUAAAUUUGAAGGCCAUGCUUGUGCUGAUGUAUAGCUUCAUUGAAGCCUAUGCAUUCUGGAGGAUUUUCAUAAUUGUUCAAUCACUGUGUGACUGGUUAUGGGGUUUCUUUAGUUGAAAAAAGUGAAGUCAUCCCAUGACAAGCUGUCAGUAAGGUUGUGUAUCUGCAUUAUUGCCUUUCCACCUUUGGUGAUAGGAAUUUAUCUUAUCAUCGAUUAAAUAGUAUCAUGACCCCUUGCUAGCUUUUAAUCAUUAUACUACCUACUCACUGUUUGGCACUACUUUAUUAUAGUUUCUUGUACAAUGAUUGUGUGAUUUAUGAGUUAUGUGCACAUGACUAACAUGCCUAAUGGAACAGAAAUCUCUUCUUCAAACUCAAUAAUUUCAUGAUAUACAAUUAUAUGUAUACUGAGAGGCUCUCCUUACAAUUAUGCAUUUUAUUGAAAUUUGAUUUCUGUUUGAGAAUUUCGAGUGAUAACUGGCAGAAAGGGAGAAAAAGGAAUAGGAAUGAAACAACAAACUGGUGUAAUAGUCUGGUUUUCAGUUGUUUGUUCCUUACUCCAUUUCUGCUUGUAUCAAAGUCAGAUCACAGAUUAAUAAUACGUUAUUGCUGGAAUCCACUUGAUGCUGACAUUUAUAACUGUUAAAUAAUUUUAUGCCAACAUUGCCAAUAAAGCAGCUGUCAAUUAUGUAUAUUGUGUAAUUUUUAUGAAACUUGACUCCUGAGAAAAAGCAUGUCUUCUAUUAUAGUGUACUAAUUAGUCUUCAUGAAGAAAUUAGUCAUGUUUACUAAUAUAUAAAGAGACUAGUGCUUGGAGUUAGUGCGCUAAUCUCUGAAUGUACUGUACCAAAAUCGAUGGAACUUUCCACUAGAUCUCUUUGAAGGUCCGGAAUGCUAUACGCUAUAAUUUAUAACCAUAAACCUUAAAAUAUUUACAAAAUAAUUACUUUUGAAGCCUUUUUUUUAGUAUUACACCAGUUUCAAGAGUGCAUCCAUGCGCAAUCAUUUACCUGCAUGCCGCCAUAGGAUGAUGACAGACCUACAGUUGAGUUCA